CGUGGUGUUCUUUAGAGAUACCUUUAAAUGAGUAUCUCACAUUUAAAUUACUAAGCGUGGUGUUCUUUAGAGAUCAAAGGCCGUCUUAAUUGACAUUGAGUUCAUCCUGUUGUUCAUAACAUAUUGAACAUUGAACAUUUGUGUACUGCAGACAUUGUAUUUUGUGAUGGUACAUUUUAUGCCUGUCCCAAGUUGUUUGAUCAGAUUUAUUGUUUACAUGCUGAGGUGUUUGGCCAUAUGUUUCCAUUAGUUUACUGUUUGUUGUCCAAUCGAAAAAAAGUGUGUUAUGUCAACAUGUUUCAGUACCUAUGCGAUUUUGCUAGUAGAGGAGGUCUAGAGUUUGCCCCACUUACAAUUCAGUUGGACUUUGAACGUGCAGCUCCCAAUGGCGUGACUGAUGUAUUUCCUGGGACAUUAGUUAGAGGGUGUUUCUAUCACUUCACUUCAAUGUAUCUGGAGGAGGGUGCAGAAAGAAGGUCUGGUGAUGGACUAUAAGGAAGAUGAGGAGGUGAAGAAGCUGGUGAGAAGAGCUGCUGCCCUCCCUCUUGUACCUCGUGACAAAGUGGAUGAUGUGUGGCUUGAUGCCAUUGCUGACUCUCCUGCUGGCCCUAAAGUGACUGCUUUCAUGGACUACGUGACAACCAGUUGGGUUCAAGGACAGGCCUUCAUGCCAGAGAUUUGGAAUCACUUCGAAAACCAAGGCCACCGUACCAACAAUCACCUGGAAGGGUGGCACAACAAGAUAAAGAAACUUGCCAAGAAGUGCCACCCGAACAUCUACGAGGUAGUGAAGCUAUUUCAGCGAGAGCAGUCACUCAAAGAGGUUGCAGUCCUGAGACUCUCUCACCAGUGGUCAGAUGUUAGGUAUUCCUUUACGUAUCGCUUCCAAAAUGUAUCAGCUAAAUACUGA